AUGGAAGAUGGGACGCGAGAUAAACAUAACCCCGAAAAUAUUGCAUUAGCAAUACGUUACGUCAAGUAUGGUGUCAUUAAUGAGUCGUUGCUGAUGGUUAAAGCAAUUGAAAACCUUGAUGCAGCCACUUUCACGGAACUAACGUUAAAUACCCUUACGGAAAAUAACAUUGACCCCUCUUGUAUGCUUAGCCAAUGCUAUAAUGGCGCAAGUCGACUCCUCGAACAAGGCUGGUCUGGACAUUUGGCAGUUACAAAAGUUGUAUACGAUAAUUAUUCAUCGAUUUUGCGGACUUUGAAAGAAAUUAAAUAUGACAGAUUCAACGGUGAUGACGUCGCCAAGAGUAUCGGUAUUAAAAAAGUUAUGCUUGAUCUGGAAUUCCGAAAGGCCAUGGUUGUGGCCAAAAAAUCUUAUCCACGCUACAACCUGCAGACGCAGCUUUGCAAGCCCGAAGCGCAGGAUUGA